AAUCAUUAUUUGUCUGCCAUUGACAAACAUGGUGCAAGUAUUAUCCUGUGUGACGUUGAAUUUAUUAUUAUUAAUUUCAGGUUUCAAAAUCUCUCCGUGGAUUUUCCUGCAUGGAAGGCAGUGGUGACCCACUGGAUGACCUGCAGAGGAAGGAAGGAGACACUCGUUGCCAAGAGGUGGUUCGGUUUGCAGUGCUUUGCAGGGUGCUCACACUUUUCCUCCAGGCCCUUUUCAACCUCCUGAUCCCCGACCACGCUGCUGAUGCCUUCUCUCCACCCCGUUUGUCUGAGUACGGGUUUUGCGACUGGAUCUUGGAAUGGCUCCUGGGAGGCCUGUCACGGUGGGAUGCGGAGCACUUCUUGUUUAUAGCUGAGCACGGCUACAUGUAUGAGCACAAUUGUGCCUUCUUCCCCUUGUUUCCCUUGAGCCUGCGAGCGGCAGCGGAAACGGUGCUGUGGCCCUUCCAAGGCAUCUUAUCUCUCCGGAGCCGCCUGCUCCUUUCUGCAGCUCUGCUCAACGGUCUGUUCUCUGCCUGGGCAGCACGGACUCUGUAUAAGCUCAGCUGCGCAGUCCUGCAGUGCCGCAGGAAGGCGUUCCUGUCAGCCAUCCUCUUCUGCCUCACCCCUGCAAACGUCUUUAUGGCAGCUGCUUAUUCAGAAAGCAUGUUUGUCCUCCUAGUGUUUGGCGCCAUGUGGUGGCUAGAGAAAGGGCAGCAUUGGACCAGCAGCCUUCUCUUUUCGCUAGCUGCUGGCGUGCGUUCCAAUGGACUGAUCAAUGUUGGGUUCCUCCUCUAUUCCCAGACAAAAUUAUUUGCCUCCCAGUUGCAGGCGAGGACAGGAACUGGAGUAAAGCCGCCACAGAUCUUGGGUCAAUUCCUAAACCUGGUAGCUUCCCUGGUGGUGAUGUCUGCCUCUGUUUUCCUGCCAUUUGCUUUGUUUCAGUUCUGGGCAUACCUUCGGUUCUGCAACACCACAUUUAGCCCUGAGUAUGCUGUGCUGGACCCACUGUUGCAACUGGCUGUACAUAAAGGGUAUCGUGUAGCAGCCUCAAAUGGUGUGGCGCCACCAUGGUGCUCCUGGAACUUUCCUGUGCUCUACACUUACAUUCAAGAUACUUACUGGAAUGUCGGCUUCCUCAGGUACUUUGAGCCCAGACAGAUCCCCAACUUCCUGCUAGCUGCACCCGCCAUUGUGCUGGGCUCCUGGGCAGCCUGGUGGUACAUCGCUGCAAACCCCUGGCACUGCCUCACACUUGGCCUGCUGAGAAGAAAGACUGAAGGAAUGAAGGGAAAGGACUUGAGCAAGCCAGCUACGGGUUUUUACUCUCCUGGUGCAUUUGUUUACAUGGUCCACGCAACAGUUCUCUUGGUGUUUGGGACCUUCUGCAUGCAUGUGCAGGUCCUUACCAGAUUUUUGGGCUCCUCUUCUCCAGUACUUUAUUGGUUCUGUGCUCAUCUGCUUCAUGACUAUGAGCCUUUGCUACAAAAUGGGAGCCAAUCUUCGCAGCAUGAAACACCCCUCUCAGAUAAGCCCUCAUUGGCAAACUCUCUUCCUAACUGGAACAGAAAUGAAAACCCUGUGCUCACACUUCUGUACAACUGGAGGCAGACUACCACUCUCACUAAGUGCAUUCUGGGAUAUGUACUUUCCUAUUGGAUGUUGGGGCUGGUCCUUCACUGCAAUUUUUUCCCGUGGACAUAAGUGUAUAGAACUGGGUAAGCUGAUUGACUAGAGCAUUAACUGAGCAUCUUUCACCUUGGCAGUAUUGAAGCUAAUUUAGCAUCUACAUGAAACUGCUAAGAGAGAGUUGGAGCUCAGUGUCACCUGUGUGCUGAUGACAACAAAAUGUGCUAAUUCCUCUCUCUUCCAGCCAAGCCAGAGAGAGUAUUGAAGUGUUUUGUUUUUGUGUAGUUAUUGAGCAUACUUAGUCCACAAUUGGCUUUUGUCAUUCCUCCCCACCUUUAGUGUGUGGAGUUGUCAUUCUGUAAACCUUUGGGUUCUUCCAUACCUGCUAUCUCCGUCUUGUGCUUGCAUGGUGCUAUUCUGGUUAUAUAAGAAAUGAUUAAGUUUUCUGUUGGUAUAUAGGGUGGGGCAACAAAGUGAUGCUUAAUCCAAAUAGAGGUGCUCUUGAUUAGAAGAGCUACCACUCUGGGAAUAAGAGUUCAGUCUGUCUUGGAGGGCGGUUCACUUCCCUUAAAAAGUCAGGUUCACAGCUUGGGAGUUCUCCUAGAUUCACUCUUAAGGUUUCAAGGCAGCAGCUGUGGGUAGGACACGGCUGCUGUGCCUGCUGAGGUUCCCCGAGAGAAGAGAUGUAGUCAACAGUAGCACAUGCCUUAGUUCCAUCAAGAUUUGGAUUACUGCAGUAUGUUCUACAUGGGGCUGCCUUUGAAGUGUUUAUAAACUUCAGUCAGUCUGAAACACAGUAGUUAAAAGCCAGUUAUUGAGAGCACAUUUGUCCCAUGUUGCAGGGCUUUCACCAGCUGCUGGUCUGUUUUCUAGGCCCAACUCAAAGUACAGUGGUACCCCGGGU